UUACUAUGGCUGGAAAAAGAGGGUCACGUUUACUACCUCUUCUUGGGCCCCAGCACUGGAAAAGAGGGUCAAAAGGAAGCUGGCCGAGACAGACCCAACAGAAACAAAGGUAGGGGAUUCUGGGGCAAUGGGGUCUCACUGGAGUUCAGUGCUGGUCUGAAGACCUACUGACCACCCAGGUCGGGGUGGGGAAGGGGGCCCCUACAGAGGAAAGCAUCACCCUCAGAAGGUGGAAGGUCGGCACCCUGAUGUCAUUUCUGCCCCUUCUGCAGGCCACUUGCAGCCCUCAGAAGAGACGCCACCACCAUCCAACCCUUGAGUUGAAGACAGAGACGGAGAGUGGCAGGGGAGAAUCCGUCAUCACCGCGAGCCCAAGUGCUGCUCCCAAGCGGACCCCUGAGCCUCCGGGGCGCGUCCAGGGCCAAGGCGCUUUUCCCUGUGGGGAGUGUGAGAGGGUGUUUGACAAGAUGUGGACUCGCUGUGCCCACAUGAAGCGGCACCGGCUUCAGGACCCCGAGGAAACAGCCGUCGGGGAGGAGCGGCCAGCGAAGGCCUUUAAGGUGGAAGAGGAGGAGAAGGAGGAGGAAGGGGAGAUGGGGGCUGACAUGGGCCCCUUGCAGGGGUGAUUUGGGCCGUGAGCCGGGGCCAGGCAGCACAUCACUGGGAUGAGGACCUCGGGCCCCGUCACCUCUCCCAUCAGCCUCCCCGAGGUGUUCAGGGCAUCCCUCUGCCUGCACCCCCACCUCCCCUGCCCCCCACUGACCAGCCCAGCUUGCAGAAUAGCUGGCAUCAGCCAACAACAGGCACGAGAAGCGCCAUCAGCGGACACUGUGGCAUCCUCGUCAGCUGGUGCCAGAGGCCCCGGUCCCUUUACGUGUGCCCUGUGCCUUCAUACCAUAGUCUUGUAAUGACUUGGCUCAUUGUUAUUUUUUUUUGUCCAUCUGUAAACGCUAUUAAAUUUUGUUCUGAAGCAGCUGUCUUCUGGGUUCUCUGGUCUGUUGAGCCAGCAAAGGCUUUAGGGCUCCUGCCACUCGCCAGCGCCCCAGAAACGCGUGAGCUGAGUCUCCGCCCUGGAGGGGCCGCGUCCUCAUGCAUUCCGGGAGCGGCCCUGAGGUGCCUGCCGCAGUGUGUGUCCGCGCCCGGUCCAUGCAGCGGGCCCACAGCGACCCAGGAGGGACCCGGGUGCUCCCCUCAGGGAGCUCACAUUUUAGGAGCAGGAGAGCAGCAGGAAAAAAUAAGCAAAGACGUGACUUUAGCUACUGCUUUGGGCCCUAAGGACAGAAGAGUCAGCAGCGUAGUGACAAGCAGUCAGGACAUGACGGGGGUUCCAGUGUGUCCAGGGUGAAGUCAGGGUCUCCCAGCAGCGGCCAGCUCAGCAUGCGGAUCGCAGCGGGGACGAGGAUCACCUCCUCCUGCCUCGAGGUCCAAACCAGAGGGCACAGGAAAGAGCACGUUCCUCCCUCCUUCCCUGUGUCCCUUUUUAAGAGCGGGGAGAGCUUGUAACGGUCUCCAGAAGAAUGCCUCUGGGUCCCGUUGGUCAGGGCUGGGGCCCAUGCUUUUUCUAAACUGAUCCCUGGCAGUAGGA